AAUGACAACAAACCAGGGGUGUAGCAUUUUGUGAACAGAGGUUGUCGUGUGACUUUGGUGGUUCGCGACGGCAGAUUUACUAUUCGUAGUAGCUGAAAAUGAGAUGAAAACAUUUCCUGAAUAUAAUGAUGUGAUAAUAUUAGCAGGAGUCAAAGCUGAUUGCCUGUGAUGCAUGACCUGACGGCCCGUGUGACUGGACUUCAGCUGAGGUAGGAGAGCCAGAUACAGGAAGAUGUCAGCAUCUGCAUCAGCACAGCGGGUCGCUGUACCCACCCCACAACACCACAAAAUAAUCCAGGAUAUACAGGAGUGCAUCAAGCAGAUGAAGGACGACUUCAGUGAGACAAAAGUCCCCGUCAAUGAUGACAACCAAACGCUCCACAGAUUCUGUGCCAAGCUGGAGUACCUCUUGCAGGCCAACAUGAAAGAGCGGUACUCCAUGCUGGGUCGGAGGAAGGACUACUGGGACUACUUCGUGGACUGUCUCGGCUCCACCAAGGGCAUCAACGACGGCAUCAAAUAUGUCAAGUCACUGGGAGAGCAUAAGAGUUCAUUGGGAAAGGGCCGAGCAUUCCUGCGCUUUUCUCUGGUUCAUCAACGUCUCCCUGACACCAUCCAGCAGUGUGUGCAGCAUCCCAAAACAGGGGAAUGGUUCCACCCCCAGAGUGUGUGGUACCAGAAGGGGCUCAGAAGUGAACUCAUCAACUCUCUCUAUGACCUCACUGACGUGCACUUUGACCUCUCGCCUCGAGGUUAUGACCUUGACACGGCAUGGCCCUCAUUUGCCAAGAAGCAGGGAGGUAACUACACAUGGAACCCACCCAGCCGGCGCUCCAGCAUCGGCAGCAUGGCCUCCAUCAGCAUGCAGGAUACGUCAAGUCUGCUGAGUAUGCCUCUCUAUGCCGACAACUCCAGUGAGGUGGAUAAGCUCACACAGGACCUGGAGACGUCCGAGACAGUCCGGACACAGCUCAUGGACCAGGUUGGGUCCCUUCAGCAGGAAAAGAUGGAGGUGAGUCAGUCGGCGUGGUCCACGCAGGGGGAGUUGCACGCCGUGCAGGAGCAGCUGCGAGACCUCCAGGAACAGCACACAGACCUGCAGGAGCGACACCUCCAGCUGGAGAAGAGACACGACAAGAUGUGUAUUGAAAAUGGCAGUACAGAGAAGGAUUGGCAGACCAAGGAGCAAGAUCUGACCAAUCAGCUGCAGGCUCUCAAGGAGCAGAAGGCAGAGGCAGACGGCCAGCUGGAGCAGGUCAGGUCACAACUGGAUGAUGUCAGGAGGGAGGUGGCGGCCAUUAGUGAGAGGCACAAAGAGAAAGUAGAAAGACUGGAUGCUGAGAGAACAGAACUACUUGUUCAGACAAAAGCUUUGGAGAAAGAGAUUUCCUUGACCUCUGAGUCGGAGAGAAGGAAAGGAGAACAGAUUGAGUCACUGGAAGUAAAGGUCAAGGUCGGCGAGGAGAAGAACACAGAGUUGUUGACCAAGUUACAAGAGUCUCUGGAUGGCAAGGAAUCGAAGGCUACAAGUCAGCUGGAGGCUGCCAACAAGCUGCACGAGGUAGUGGCCAGUCUGAAGGAGGUGGAACUAGCUAAUGUCAGACUUCAGGCAGCUAAUGAAGAAUUGACAAAGAAAUGUGAGCAGAUGGAAAAGGAUGUGGAGACUGUUGAACAAGUGAAAAGUGGUCUUGAAGAAACUGUUUUAAAAGUGAAACAAGAUUCAGAAAAAAACAUGUUGAUUUUUCAAAAUGAAUUGAAAGAUUUGACUGAAUCCAACACAAGAACAGUCGAGUCCUUGCAGGCAGAUCUCAUGGGAAAGAAUGAUGAAGUGGAUCUAAAGAGAUCAGAAAUAGAUAAACUGUCAUCAGAGGUUUCAGAACUGAAAUUGAAAUCUGGGGUUAAGGACAAUAUGCUUGUUCAGUGUUACACCAAAUUCAACCUUCUGGCAGGUUCAGACAGUAUUGAUGACGUCGAUGGCAGUCAAUUUGAAGUUAAUAAUUUCUUGGGUGAUGUCAAGUUGUGUCAAGAAACAAUCUCAAAGAAGAUGAGCGAGAUGAGGGAGGAAAUCCAGCAGCUGACCUUGGAGAAAGGUCAACUGGAGUCUGAGCGGGAGAAGCUAGCAAGUGAGAAGGAACACAUCAUGGACAACCUGGACGAACUGCGUAAAGCAUUUGGGGAGUUCCAGCAAAGCAAUGAGACACAGCAACGUGACCUUGACCUUGUCCAUGCCCAGACGGAGUCAGAGCUGCGUCAGUCAGAGCUGGAGCUGCAGGAGAAGGAAGCUGAGCUGAAGAAGUUGUCAGGUCGGCUUGAUGAACAGAAGGAUGCAGUCCUGGAUGUCCUUCAUACAUGUCGCAUAGAUCAGGAUUCUGUUGAUGCAUCUGACUGUAGACAAACAAUAUCUUCAAUAUCGCUGCACGUUCAGAAGCUGUCAACCAAGAUCUCCGACAUGGAAAGUGAGAAAGAGAUCCUUCAGGGUAAGCUGAAUCAUCUACAAGCAGGAGAGUCAGAUAAAGGGACACAACUCCAGAACCUGGAAGAGAAAUUUUCUAGUUUACAGAAAUCACUAGGUGAUGCAAGAGAACUUGAGUCAAGCUUGAGAAGUGAUCUGACAGAGAAGGAACGACUGCUGCAGGACCAGUGUUCAAAUUACUCCGAUCUCACGACCAAACAUGAGAAGUUGGUAGACAAAUGUUCCAGCUUGGAUGAAGCAAAUGAACAGGUGAAAUCUGAUAAUAUUUCUCUCAGGGAAGAGGUAACAACUCUGACCCAUGAUCUCAAUGACCUCAAGGUCACCUUUGCAACUACCAAUGAAAAACUGCAAACAGCAGAAGAUUUGAAAGGGAAAGAUGCUCAUCAUCAGGAGGAGGUGGGCAGGUUGAAGGAUAAAGAAAUCAGUGAGAAGGAGAACAUAAUCAAGUCGGUUGAAAAUGAGAAACAACACUUGAAGGAUGAUUUAGAAAAGACAUCAAAACUAAAAUCUCAAAUAGAGAAAGAAAAAGGAAAUUUGGAAGGAGAGGUCAGUAAGGUGAAAACACUUCUUAGCUCCUCCCAGAACGAAUGUCAGAAUCUUCAAGGAUUGAUUGUCAAAGAGCAGACGUCACGACAGGAGGUAGAACAGAAGUUGAAGAUCAGUUCUGAGGAGGUCAUGACUCUCAAAGUAUCUGUUACUGAUGUCCGGACGGAGCUGAAAUCUCAGGAGGAGAAAUACGAGGAGAUGAUCCAGACUCAUGAGAAGGAGAGGAACCAGCUCAACACUCAGCUGGAGGAGGCACUCAGUGACACACAGAUCAUCAAGGCUCAGCUGAAGGAGACAUCAGAUGAACUGGAACAAGCAUGUUCCUUGAAAGAAAGAGCAGAACAAGAGAAGGAGGAGGUGACGACUAUCCUCAAAAACCUGGAGGCAAGCUACCGGGAACUGAAGGCGAAACUCAAUCUGUUUGAAAAUGAGGGACAAGAGAUUGCUUCUGCCAAAGAGAGUAUUGAAAAAGAGAAGGAAAGUUUGAUGUCUGAGUUAGAUAAAUUGAAAGAAAGGUUGAAAGAUCUUGAGAUUGAGAAAGAUGUUACAGUGACCGAGAAAGAAGAAGCAAUAACUCUUCUGGAGGGAAAACUGGAAGAGUCAAAAUGUCAGUUGGAACAAUUUGAAGAAAAUGUCCUGACCCUGGAGAAAAACAAAGAGACAUUACGGGAUCAGUUACGAGAAGCAGAAGAAGACAGGGAGGGUUUGAAGAAAUCCUUGGAUCAGGCAGAGAAAAAUAUGGGUGAGAAAGAGAGCAAUAAUGAAGAACUCCAGAUGACUGUGCUAAAGCUGACCAGUGAUGUUACAGAGUUGGAGAAGUUGCUAGAAGAGAGGUCAAGGAGAUGUGAGGAACUAGAGUCAAUGUCUGGACAACAGUCAGGCUUGCAGACACAGAUAGAGUCUCUCAACCAGGAGAUCUCAGCUCUCCAGUUCCAGCUCAGCUCAGAGCAGAUGCAGCAUGAAGAGUCACUCAGGAGUUACACAGGUCAGGAUGAUGAGGUGACCGAACUGACCAACAAACUGGCUGAACAGGAAGCAACUAUCGUGCAUCUAGAACAGGAAGUGACAUCACUGCAGACAGGCCGAGAGGAGGAGACCAACAAGGUGACUCGACAGGUUGAAAGUUUGACUUCACAGUUGAAAGAAAGGAAUGAGGACAAUAACAAGCUGACAGAAAAGCUCCAGAUGACUGAGACGGAGCUGGUAUCGGAGAGAGAUGCCCGAGAGAGGCUGGAGACUGACAUGGAGUCUGUGGAGGAGAAGUACAGCCAGCAGCUCCAGGACAAGGAUGAGGAGAUCACAGGGCUGAAGGCCGACAUGAAGCAGCUCAAGCGGAAACUGCUGAAGCUGAUCAAGGACAAGGACCAGCUGUGGCAGAAGACAGACCAGCUGGCCUACCAGCAGAAGGUGCAGGCCAAGGAGACAUGGAUGGACAACAGCACCGCAACAAACUGCCUGAAGUGCAAGGCAGAGUUCUCCAUCUGGCUCAGGAGGCACCACUGUCGUCUGUGUGGGAGGAUCUACUGCUGGAAGUGUGUGGACCAGUGGGUGAUGACAGCACACAGCAGCAAGAAGGAGAGAGUUUGUGACGAGUGCAUCACCCACAAGCAGAGCAUGGAAUCUGACAACAACACUUCCCUUCUGUCAAACAUCAGCGAUGACGAGGAUAUUGAUGAGGAAUUGCUGCGGUCCCUGACUGUGCGAGGGUCGUCCCAGUCAACUGAUGAUCUCAGCUCCACACAGGAUGAGACAACGGAAUCGGACACCAGCAGUCAGAUCCUGCCGCCACCCCGCUCCACCCCAGGGAGUCCGAACGCCACGGAUGAACACAAAGUUCAGAAGAUGCAUGAUCACAGUGUGAGCGUGCAGGUACUAGUGCCCCCUAGGGGAGCAACUGUGAGUCCCGAGCGGGAGGAUCCCUUCCACGUUAUCACAGAUGAAGAAGUUUCUAAGUCUCUGACUGAGUACGACCCAGACACACUCAGUGCCGCGCUGAGUGCAAACAUGACAAGCAGCAUGAUCUUGUCGGCUGAAGAGUUGGAGAACGGGGAGAUAAACCGGCAGAAUGAGAUCUGGAUCAAGCCAGGAAAGACCUUUGUCGUGCCCAUCACCAUCGACACAGUCAACACCGAGCUGUGCUGGGAGUUCACGUCUCAACCCAAGGAUGUGGUGUUCAGCGUGAAGUAUCGGGAGAAUGAGUCCACCCCCGUGAGUGAGGCGGAGGACCUGGUGCCGCCCUGCAAGUGUGACUCCCACAGGCAGGCCGUGCAGGGCACCCUCACAGCCAAACAGACAGGGCUGUACACACUCGUGUUUGAUAACACAUACUCCAGAAUGACAGCUAAGAUGAUCCACUACUCCCUCCAAUCAAGAAGUAGCAGCUGAUCACAUGACCUGGCUUCUGAAAAAUGGCUGCACUCUGAUGUUGUAUUUGCACUUAAUGAUAGCCAACAUAAUAUGAGAGUCCUGUUUAUUUGAUUGUAUAUUGGCUGUGAUAGGCGUGUACUGCACGAGCACUGACACAAUUCACUCAUGACACAGCUUGGCUGUAAAUGGCUGAAGUACUUCCCCUGGGGAUUUAAAGGCAGCUUUACAUAGAGUUUAGAGGGGACAUAAAUGGUGAUUGGUUGGUCAUAAUGUCUACAGAACAUGGAUGGAUGGCCAUCUCGGAGAAGUAGCUCCCAGCAGUGACCUGGCAGAUAGUGUCUGGACCGCUGGUCACAUCUUGACCACUGGUUUCCCUGGCCCUGGCUACACUACAGCCUGCUGGGAUAUCGUCAUGACUGAUCAUGGCAUAACUGCAAUAACUCAUACCUUGAUAAUAUGCAAUGUACCACGGGUUCCUGUCGGAAGGCUGUCUGUCGUUGGUUGAUGAAAUACGGUUGUACUGUGUUGUACUGUGUUGUACUGUGUUGUACUGCGUUGUACUGCAUGUGUUCAGUGUGACAGACAGGGGAUGUAAUUACCCCGACUGUUGUAUAUAGCCUUCAGAUCAUGUCUUGCCAUUUCCAUGUCAUACAUGCAAUACUGUACACGUGACAUCUGCCCGGAAAACUACUCAUGUUUCUCACCACUUGCCUGUAACAUAAGUACUGAAUACUGUAAUAUAUAGACAUAAUACUGUAACAUAGAGACUGAAUAUUGUAACAUAUAGACUGAAUAUUGUAACAUAUAGACUGAAUACUGUAACAUUGGCUAAACACUGUAACAUAUAGACAUAAUACUGUAACAUAGACAGAACACUGUAACAUAUAGACAUAAUACUGUAACAUAUAGACUGAAUAUUGUAACAUAAAGGCAGAAUAACAGGGUCACUUGACGCUGGGCAUCACAGGCUUUUGCCUUGUGCACACAUGGAAAGUGUGACAUGAGCACUGGAAACAUACAUUUGUUUGAAAGUAGCCAACAUUAACUCCUGCAGUACCUUACUUGCACAGUCACGUGAACAGGGUAGGCCGACAUAGGGGUGCAGUCUGGUAAAAUGUAUGCAGAUUUUGUGUUGGUCUACAAAUCAGUAGUGAGCUAGAUCUGUAGCUUGUCUUGUAUACAGAUUCUAUAUAGCAACACAGCACUAUGUCAUGGAGAAAUCAACUGUAGCUGCAUCGGUUUUACUUGUUAAAAUGUUCUUUCAGAAUGGCCAGUUAAUUCCUGUUUUAGAAUCAACUACAACUACAAUAGCAUGACUUCAUUGUAAUGGUUUAAGUGUCAAGUUGGCUGUGUCACACAUUUCUGUUGUUACUGUUUUAUUGCUAGAUGUCUUAGAGCAGCUUUUACUUAUAUACUUGUGUUUGUUUGGAAAGGGUGAAAUGUACUUUUUAUUUGUUGUGAAAUAAGGCAAAGGUUUUACAUGUUUUACAAAUCUGUUUGUUCUAUGACGUGCUUCAGGCACAAGAUGUUGUGGUUUUUCCACUGUAACUGGACUGAUUAUUAUGUUAAUAUAAUGUAUAUGUAUCUUUUGGAGAAUAAGUGUGAAAGUUGAAGGAAAUUGUACAAAAGUUACUUAUUGAUUUAUGACAGUGAAACCUCCACUAAUCCAGACAAUACGGUAACAGUCAAACCCCUGUUUAUCCAGAUACUAAUGCUCACAAUGAAACCCUGUUCAUCCAUACAGAAAUGUCUCACAGUACAACCCUGUUAAUCCAGACAAUAAUGUUCACAGUAAAGCCCUGUUAAUCCAGACAACAAUGUUCACAGAAAAGUCCAGUUAAUCCAGACAAUAAUAUUCACAGUAAAACCCUGUUAAUCCAGACAAUAAUGUUCACAGUAAAACCCUGUUAAUCCAGACAAUAAUGUUCACAGUAAAACCCUGUUAAUCCAGACAAUAAUGUUCACAGUAAAGCCCCAUUAGUCCAGACAAUAAUGUUCACAGUAAAACCCUGUUAAUCCAGACAAUAAUGUUCACAGUAAAACCCUGUUAAUCCAGACAAUUAUGCAAUAAUGUGCACAGUAAAACCCUGUUAAUCCAGACAAUAAUGUUCAAAGUAAAACCCUGUUAAUCCAGACAAUAAUGUUCAAAGUAAAACCCUGUUAAUCCAGACAAUAAUGUUCACAGUAAAACCCUGUUAAUCCAGACAAUAAUGCAAUAAUGUUCACAGUAAAACCCUGUUAAUCCAGACAAUAAUGUUCAAAGUAAAACCCUGUUAAUCCAGACAAUAAUGUUCAAAGUAAAACCCUGUUAAUCCAGACAAUAAUGUUCACAGUAAAACCCUGUUAAUAAGUCAGUUUCCAGGAUCGCCAACUUGCCAGAGUCAGGGAGUGAUUAUUUUUUUAUGAAGACAUCCCCAACAGUAAUCUCCAGGAUGGGGUGUCUGGGUUAAUGAGGUUUCACUGUAUAUGAUAUGCUGGUGUCUCCACUUCAAUUUUCAAUGUGAAGACUAUCCCCAGUGUUUUAUUGAUCAGUAAUUCAUUGCUGUAUAUAUUAUAUGUUGCUUUAUACCAGGGUGUAGUACUAUUGGUUGUGGAUGGUUGUAGUGGCUAGAUAUUCAGGAUUGUGGAGCACUGUGCAGGAAUAUACACAUUGUGUAGAUCACCACCAUACAAAUAUUUCCCAUGUUGGUUUCAUGGUGCUACUCAGUACAAACAACUCUAAUGAAUCAUGUGAUAAUUUUGAGAAGUGAUUUUACAAAAAGUGGAAUCUUACAUAUGAAUAAAAUUCAUAAUCACA